AAGAAUAUCCCCUGGUGUAGAAUUAAGAAAAUCACUUAUAUAAUAUUCGACCGACGCACGCGUAAUCGUUGCGGAAUAAAAGCUACAAUACAACACGGCGGCGUCUGUCGUUCAAUAACCAAUUCCUUUUUGGGAAGCGAUCGAUUAUUGCGUCUUAUUCCCCCGCGAAAAGAAGAUUCAGCGACAACGCGCAGGAAUCUACUCGAAAAAAAAAAAAAAAAAAAUCCGUGAAACGUAAGAAACAACAAUGAUAAGUUCGUUACAUUUCAGGAGAGUUUUUUUUUCGAUAAGCCGCUUCGGAACGAAAGAUGCGCAACGGAGACACGCGCAACGUGCGUGCAUAUGUAUUAUGACGUUCCCCUCUCGGUCGAGAGUCGUCGCACAACCGAACGAUUGGACCGACUAAAAAUAUACACCGCACGACGAACAACGAGCUUGUACAACAUUAUAAGUUGCUAUGCUAUACACGCGCGCGAUCAAGUUUGUGCGCGGAACCGGUGGAAUACGAGCGUCGUCGUGCGGCGGCACACAACCGCGCGCACAUACUUGACGGCGCCCACGUGAGAGCAAUAACUCUUUUACUGCUCUCGAUUCUCGUAAUUCCGAGCGGCUCGGUUGAAGAAGAGAAACCUACGCCUACUACUAUUCCGUUCCGAGACUGUAUAUAAACGUUCGAAAAAUGAUGAUAUAUACACAGCGAAGAUCGGUCUCGCGAAAAAAUUGCAAAAUUACAAAUUGUCCGAAUAAAAUCUUGAAAGUAUCGAGGAUAACAUUACGCGAUUGACCUUGGCCUAUGAACCCUGACGUAUGUUUUUAGAGGAUGUGGAGGAUUAUCUCUGAAUGAUCUGCGCCUUGUAUCGCGAGCGGUUAUUGAUUGAUUGACUGAUUGAAUGCUUUUAUUUGUAACGCGCUCUGGGGACAGAGCGAGCGUCCCCUCAAGAGUAAGAGAGACGUGUGCAAAAUUCAAAAUGUAACAACAAACAAAAAGAAAGCACGAAAUAUUCGGAGAGUUUAUAAAGAUUAAAAAGCAGAUGUAAAGAAAAAAUAAUAAACAGCAAUAAACAAAUAUAUUAAAAUUUAUGAUGAGUGCAGCCAGCAUCGGGACGGCUCCGCGAUGGGAAUUCUCUGCGAGCCGCUGUGCGCCGAAAAGGGGAUACACUCACUGGCGUGCGAGACGCUCCACGCGGGCAAAGAGGCGGUCUUUUCCGCGCACUGGGAAGCAACUCCGCUUGUGUUUAAGGCCUCGAGAACAAAGACACUCACGGAGCAAUUCGAGUCGCUUUACUGGGUGGACCCGACCGGUUUUCGACACUUCCCGUCCGAGGAGAAUUUUAUCGUCAUGAUAAAGGAUCUGGUUAUCACUAAACUGAACAUGACCGUGUCGCAACGCGAACUGGAGAGACUCGCGCGUUUACGUACUUACCGGGUGGAGACGGACGAGGCGAGACGUCUACUCGAGAUGGAGAAUCUCUGGCCGUUGCUGCAGGAGAACGAAUACUUGAUGACGAUCUUGCACGAGGACAAGGACGUGUUCCCGCAAUUGAUCGGAACGUGCGGCACCUUCUACGCGGUCGAGUACGUCAGGCCGAUCGAGACGCCCACGACGGUGCUGGCCCUGUCCGACUCGAAACCCGAGUGGGCCAAGAGACUGAAGCUCGCGGUGAUGAUCUUCAAUCUGCUCGAGGAGUUACAGACCAAUUUUCCGGAACCGCUUCAUCUCUGCGACGUGAAGAUCAAUCACUUCGGAUUGCCGUUGGGCGGGCAAAAGCUCAAGUUCUUGGAUCUGGACGCGGUCUUCCCGAAACCCAUCGCUGACCGUAUCGUCGCCAACGGCAAGAGCUGUGAGAAACACGAAGAUUGUGAUUAUUUUGACUGCCGGUCAACGUGUUCGAGAAACAAACGCUGUGAAUCACCGGUUCUCAAUAAUAAUCUACAGAUCGUCUGCGAGAAGAUCUUUCUCGGAUGGACGCUUUCGGGAACGAUAAUUAUUCCCGGAUUACUUAUGUCGGAGCACACCACCAGCACGCUGGCCGUAUUACUGAGACAAUGCGCCAAUCCAGACGGUGAUACAACGCAUUUACCGCGUGCUGCGGCGUCUGAUAGUUUAAAAAUACGACUUCACAACAUGUUGAAAGAGAUGGAGAAAGAGUACUCGGUGUUUGUAUGAAAGAGAGUGUGAACAAAAAACUAGUAAUAUUGAUAAAAAAAAAUGAUAUGCGAAAUACGUGCGUGAUAAGUUUAUGAUUAGAAAUAUAUGUAAAACUAUUUUUUUUAAACACACUUCGAGAUUCUGUACAACACUCGUUUAUAUAGAACGAAACAGUCGAACAUGCAAUAUUAACUAUUAUAUUCUUCUACGCACAUAUAUAUAUGUAGGGAUUCUAUUAUUAAAUAUUUAUAAAAGUGCAUAUUUUCACAUCUCACACCAAAGUAUAAUAAAAGUAACAAAGAAAAGUCGCGAAAACAACAAGUGUUACCUAUUACUGAUAACACUAUAGAAAAAACAGAUAUAUUAAUCAUAGAAUAUACAAAACACAACCAAUCCCGAGAACUGUGUAUAGAUAAAAACUAGCUAGUUUUUGUAAUAUAAUUCAUUAUAGUUACAUAUGCGUUAGAGACAUUACAUACCUUACACACGUUUCACAUAUAUAAGUUACCAAAGUGCAAUGUUGUAACUACUUUAUACACAUUUGUUCUUCUACGCUUUUACCCAACUGAGAUUAUUGAAAAGUGCCAUUGUAAAUUCUAAAUAAAAAUCAAACUUGUAUAAAUGAUGAUCCAAAAGUUUAUUCUGCUUCUGAAAAAUUUUAACGCAAAAAAUAACUCUUAAUUAAUCUAAAUAAGACAAACAAAAGUAAAAAGUUAUAUUGCGUAUUGGUGUGCCAACUUAUUAAAUUUCAAUGUAUUUUUGUGCGUUGCAAUUGCUGAAUCCAUGUGUGCCAGCAUUUGU